AUGACGGAGCUCGGGGCCGAGAAGCAGGUGGAACUCCGAGGUCUGCCUCAGGCCGUGUCCGACGAGCUGGUGACGCUGUAUUUCGAGAACUCGCGGCGCUCGGGGGGCGGCCCGCUCGGAGGCUGGCAGCGACUGGGCAUGGGAGGGAUCCUCACCUUUCAGAAGUCAGAGGAUGCCCAGAGAGUCCUAGCUCAGGCCAGCCACGAGCUGCAGGGCACAGCUGUGAGUGUAGUGCCUUCCCCACCCCGGGCCUCCCAGCGCCUGCUGCUCCAGGGCCUGAGGCCGGGCACUGCCCCACAACUCCUGGAACUUUAUGUGGAGAGCCUCUUAAGAGCCGAAGGGCACUGCCAGGCCCUCGCCAGCCCCCGGCCAGACCGGGCGCUGGUGCAGUUAUCCUCGCCUCUCUCCGAAGCAGAGUUUGAAGAGCUGGCUGUCCGGGCCAGUGAGAAAACCCUGAACGGCGCAGCGGUGUCACUAGCCUGGGUGCCCCACGCUCGGGCUGUACGAAUUGUGAGAAGGGAUCGGUCCCCAGAUGCUACGCUGCUCCGGCUCUAUCUGGAGAACGAGCGCCGCAGUGGGGGCGGUGCGGUGGAGGGGCUGAGGACACUACCUAGGGCCCAAGGAACUGUUGUCACCUUCCAGCAGUGGAAAGUGGCUGAGCGAGUGUUGAGCCGAAAUCACCAACUUUCCGAUUCAGAGCUAAGCAUAGUCCCUCAUUAUGAUGUCCUGGAACCUGAGCCUGAGCCCGAGCCUGAGUCUAAACCAGAGGAAGGAGAACGACCCGCCCAGGGAGAGACGAUUUCUAAAGAGACAUCAGGAGAGAAAGUGCUCAGAGAGACCUGUGGGGAAACAGUGCCUUUGGAAAGCCCCGAAGGGACAGUUCCUUUGGAAAAACCAGAGGUGACAGUGACUAGGGAAACACCGAAGGAGUCCUCGACUGUGGAGAGAAUAGAGGCAGUAGAACCUCUGCAGGGCUUAGUGCUGGAAGAAACGAUGCCAGUGGAGAGAUCCAAAGAGACAACGGAGGCCACAGUACCCCAAAAGGUGGUGCCAAGGGAGAGAGAGGAAGAGUUGGCUAAAACAGCAGUGCCUGUGCAGAUCCUGCUGCCCAUGGAGCCAGGUGCCUUGAGAUUUCUGCAACUCUAUUACCAAGAGUUUCUUGCCAGCCUUGAAGAAGUGACCCUCUGCCCACUGGAUGGCCCCGAUGUUUUUGGCUUCCGGCUCAGUGGAGUGCUGGAGCCAUGCCAUGCAGCCAAAGACUUCCUUCAGAGCCUUCUGAUCAGCAUUGGAAGCCAUACCCUACCACUGAAACAUCCAGGAAGUGCCUACUUCCUCCUGGGCAGUGAGGGCCAAGACCUCCUGCGGAACCUGGAGGCCCAGUUCCAUUGCAUCCUCACAGUAGAGGAACAGGGGGUGGCAGCUGUCAAUGCAGACCCUGUGGAGCUUGAUCAAGAGUCAUCAUCAGAUUGGACCCACAACUUUUCGCUCCCUAGCAGCACCAUUCAGGACACUUCAGACAUCCAAAUAGAGAAGAUCAAGAAGUUUCUGAACACUCUUGAUGGUCCAGAUGAAGAAGAAUUGUCUUCCCUGGAGCUGAAGGAAGCAGAACUGGAUGAACUGGAGGAGAAUGUAGCAGCCCAGCCUGACAGAGAAAAGACAACCCUGGAAGAAGAUGCAGCUUUGCAGUUGGCCCUACACCACUCCCUGGAGGCAGAGGUCCUGGUGAUGGGGGAAACAAGAGCUCUGAAGCAGGCUCUGAUGAUGUCUCUGCUGGAUGACAUAGAAGCCAAUGGCAGUAGUGGGAGACUCAGGGUACACUCUACUUUUGACCAUGACCCCAAUGAACUGAGCCAUGCUUUGGACACUGCUCUCAGGGCAUGGCUACAAGAGGAGAGGGUGAUGGGUGUGGACCAGGGUUUACCCCCUACAUUCUGGUCCCGCCUAGAGAGGCACCACGGCGUGACUAUUACCCUUCAGGGAGACUGUGCUAUCUUAAGUGGCUAUGGUCCCCAUCCUUCCUAUGCUGCCCAUCAUCUCAAGACACUGAUGACUGUUCCAUUGAACCAGAGCCACCCCUUGGCCCCAGACCCUGCCAGAGCAAAAGUGGUGACACAGGUGAUGAGGGAGCAACCCCUGGAGCUAGAGUGCCUGGAAGAGAGCAGUGCUGAGUUCCAAGAGACAGUCCAAGCCUUCUAUAACACCUUGGACAAACCCUACAAUGUUCACGUCAUCAAGGUUGAGCGUGUAUCCCAACCCUUGCUUCAGAGCCAGUAUGAGCUCCAUAAGAAGAAGCUGGAACAGACGUGUUCCUUGCACCCGGUCGAGCGAAUACUGUACCAUGGGACCUCUUGGCAAGCUGUGCCUGAAAUCUGCAGCCAAGGCUUCAAUCGUAGCUUCUGUGGCCGCAACGCUGCCAUGUACGGGAAUGGAGUAUACUUUGCAGUAAAGGCUAAGAUCUCCAUCAAGGAUCGGUACUCACCCCCAGAUAUGAGCGGGCACAAGGCAGUGUUCGUGGCUCGGGUGCUGACAGGAGAUUAUGGGCCAGGACAUCCAGGGCUUCGGGUUCCCCCCCAGAAGGAGUCUGGGCCGGGCGUGCAACGCUAUGACAGUGCCGUUGACUCUACAAAGAAACCUAGAGUUUUUGUCAUCUUCCAUGACACUCAGGCCUUACCCAUCUUCCUCAUCACUUGUCGGCACAUCCCAGGGCCCAGCAUACCCCAUGAUGCCAGCUGCAGUGGCUUCAAUGUCCCCUCACUACAUCCCCCCAUAUGACUACUGAGAUGGCCCCAGGGCCCACUUGCUCCCUAUUUGCCUGAAUCCUCUAGGCCUGGCUUGUCUGCAUAGGCUAGGCAGUGUUGGAUGGAGUCAGGUGAGGAGAAGACUGGCGGGGAGAGGGCCUGUAUCCUUGCACUGGCAUAAAAGAUAGCCUUUCUUCUCUGCUGCUACCUUCUUUUCAUCACAAGAUGUUACCUCUGAGCCUCCUUCUGUCCCUUCCAUGCUGCCUCUCCCCAGACCCCCAAUCCCUACAUCCCCCAGACUGAGAUCAGAUUUACAGGGUGAAAAGGAGCUUAAAGUGAGUAAGAAGGAGAAAACUGCCCACAUAGACUUGCCAGUCUUGGUGCCAGAGAGUAACUGGUAUGAAAUAGAAAAAUAGAGAAAGUAAACCAAUGAUGCCUUGGAAGCAAUGGCCAAGAGGCAAACCCACAAUAAAAUGUAUAGCCUUAGAUGUCUAUGCCAAAAGGACCAAAAUGUGUGAUGAGUAUUUCUAAUUUAUAGGUUUCCUGGAAGAAGCAGAAAAGAUUUAUUAAAUACCUACUAUGUGCUAGGCACUGAGAAUACAAAUUAAGGGGAAAAAUACUGGGAGGAGUUUGUUGGUCCCCUCAUCUAGCCCUCUGGUCAGAGGGGAGAGGCAGCGGAAGGUGCUGAGGAGGUGUAGCCUCUGGAGUGCUAGCCAUGGGGACAGGAUGAACUUGGGCCCAGUCCUACAUCUGGCACAUGCUGGCUCUGUGACCCUGGAAAAAUUACCUAAUGUAUCUGUGCCCCCAGGCAACUCAGGCUACAAACUCCAGAUGUUGAGAGUUUCCAACAUUGAUGAAUUCCCAAGUCUGGACUGGGGGGUUGGGGGGAGAAAGAGAGGGGGGGUGAUAUCAAGGAGCUGGGGUGGGAUAGAAUUAAUGGAUGGACUGGGCUAGGACUCUAGAGGAGUAUACUUGAUUCCAAAUAAAAAUUGGUAUUUAUUAAGCACCUACUAUGUGCAAGGUUAGAUGCUGAAAAUAUAGUAGGAGGAAACAGUUCCUGCCCUCAGGACACUUAUGUUCUACUGGUAGGGGACACAUAUGCAGAUGAAGAAAUACAAAGUUUAUGCAAAGUCAUGGUCUGGAGAAGAGAACUGGCUUGAGAGUAAGAAAGAUAAAGAUUAAAAUCCUGCUUCUGACA